GGUGUGCUACCACGUGUCAGCAAAUUAUCCAUAUUUAAUAUUAAAAAGUGUAAAUGGAUGGAUAUUUGGGAGGCAAAGCGGGCAUUUGCGUUUAGAUUUGAGCGUGUGGGAGAGACAGAGUGGGCAUGGCAGUAGCAGCAGCAGCAGUAGUCGGCUACUGCAAGCCUUCGCCAUUUGUUGGCCAAUUUCCUUCCAGCUAUGGGAAGUCAGUAUCUUCACAAAGCAGCAAAACCGUGAUGGAGGCGUCUAGAAUCACUGCACUAUUUUGGGGAUCUAAGAAGCCUGUGAAGUCUCAACCUUUGGAUUCUUCAUUGGGAGAUUUCACUUUGACAGGGUCAGGAACAGAGGAAGUUAUGGAGAACCAGGCAAUAGGCAAGAAGGUAUCGGUCUUGGUUAUUUCUUCAAUCAUGGAGGUUUCACCACAUGAAUGGAAUGCAUGCACUCUGGACGCUACAGGUCCUGAAAAGUUUAAUCCAUUUCUUACUCAUGGUUUCCUUUCAAGCUUGGAAGAAACCGGUUGUGCAGUGAAGGAAACAGGAUGGAUGCCAAGCCACAUUGUUGCUAAGGAUGAAUCUAAAAAUAUUUUAGGUGUUGUUCCACUCUAUCUUAAAAGCCACUCCUCUGGUGAAUUUGUUUUUGAUCAUUCUUGGGCAGAUGCCUACCAUAGUUUUGGCUCAAGAUAUUACCCAAAGUUCCAGUGUUGUGUGCCUUUCACUCCUGUGACUGGUCCUAGGAUUAUAAUACGCAAUACUUCAUUUAGAGAUCAAGUUUUUGACAUUAUAGUCUCUGCUCUGAAGGAUCUGACUGCCAAGUCUCAAGUUUCUUCUCUGCACAUUACCUUUCCAUCUGAAAAUGAAUGGCAUAAAUUGAAGGAUAAAGGAUUUCUGCAGAGGAUUGGAAUGCAGUACCACUGGAAUAAUCGCAACUAUAAAAGUUUUGAUGAGUUCCUGAUGGACAUGAAGCAUGGUAAAAGGAAAAAUAUUCGUCAAGAGCGCAAAAAGAUUUGUGCACAGAACUUGACUAUGAAACGGCUUAGAGGUUAUGAAAUAAAGGCCAAUCACUGGGAUUCCUUCUACAAGUUCUACAGGAAUACUACUGAUAAUAAGUGGGGCAGUCCUUACCUAACAAGAGAUUUCUUUCAUGAGAUGGGAUCAAAGAUGGGAGAUCAGGUGUUACUUGUAGUUGCUGAAGAAGGGGAUGAACUUGUUGCAGGAGCUCUAAAUCUCAUUGGAGGAGAUACUUUAUUUGGACGCAUAUGGGGAUGUCACCCUCAAGUCUAUUAUCCGUGCUUGCACUUUGAAGCCUGUUAUUAUCAGGCAAUUGAAGCGGCUAUUGAAAUGAAUCUAAGCACAGUAGAGGCGGGAGCUCAGGGUGAGCAUAAGAUUCCACGAGGUUAUUUGCCUGUGACAACUUAUAGCUGUCAUUACUUUAUGGAUGAAGGUUUCAGGAAGGCCAUAGAGGAAUUUCUGGUGAGAGAAUCGAAUCAGGUUAGGCUUGUUACGAAACUGUUACAUGAAUCUGGUCCCUUUAAGGAGGUUAUACACUAAAGGAGGUGCUGUGUUUUUUUGAAGAGGAAGCAUCGAAUGCAUUGGCAUGGACUGUAAUUUAUUUGUGAAAUGCCUUUUUGUGCGUUUACAUAUUGUAAGUUGAACCAUGUAAUCACUGGAAACUUGGAAGCCUUUGUACAUAAUCACAGCAGCAGCAGCAGCAGCAGCAUUAUAUCAGAAAUGGAGAAAAGUUGAAAAGAGGUUGCAAUUUUAAUUUUGAAGGUUCUUGAAACAAACAGUCGGCAAUAACCUAAGCAAAUCAGCUCUAAAUUGUUCUGGGAAUUCCUAUGCAUCUUUCUCCAG